AUGCGGCUGCUGUCGAGAGUAGUGCUAGUCGUCUUGCUGUGUCUGUCCUUGGUGUCGUCCGGGCUGGCCUGCGGACCCGGCAGAGGCUACGGCAGAAGAAGACAUCCGAAGAAGCUGACGCCUCUCGCCUAUAAGCAGUUCAUACCAAACGUCGCAGAGAAGACCCUUGGGGCCAGCGGCAGAUACGAAGGCAAGAUCACACGGAACUCUGAGCGAUUUAAAGAACUGACACCCAAUUACAAUCCCGACAUCAUCUUUAAGGAUGAGGAGAACACGGGAGCAGACAGGCUUAUGACACAGAGAUGCAAAGACAAACUGAACUCACUGGCUAUCUCUGUAAUGAACCAGUGGCCUGGGGUGAAACUGCGCGUGACGGAGGGCUGGGAUGAGGACGGCCAUCAUUUCGAGGAAUCGCUACACUACGAAGGCCGCGCAGUGGACAUAACCACCUCGGACAGGGACAAGAGCAAAUACGGAACGCUCUCACGAUUAGCCGUAGAGGCGGGCUUUGACUGGGUCUAUUACGAGUCCAAAGCUCACAUCCACUGCUCAGUCAAAGCAGAAAAUUCGGUGGCUGCAAAAUCAGGAGGUUGCUUCGCAGGCUCAGCAUUAGUUACAAUAGAAGAUGGAGGCAAGAAGGCAAUUAAAGACUUGAAGCCUGGAGACAAGGUGUUAGCCGCAGACGACGCGGGAAACCUCCUGUACAGCGAGGUCAUAAUGUUCAUGGACCGAGACUCGCGGAUGCGAAGAGUGUUCUACGUGAUAGAAACGAGAGAACCCGCUGAAAAGAUUACUCUCACUGCAGCCCAUCUCCUCUUUGUCCUCAAUAAGUCAACUGAUGACCUCAAUGCCAUGACGGCCAUAUUUGCCAGCAAAGUCAAACCUGGACAAAAGGUAAUGGUUGUUGAUGAAAACGGUCGGCUGAAGCCUGUCGUCGUAGAACGGAUAUACACGGAAGAGCACGAGGGGUCAUUCGCACCCAUGACCGUUCAAGGGACCAUUGUGGUCGACCAGGUGCUUGCAUCCUGCUACGCAGUAAUCGAAAACCAUAGACUGGCUCAUCUGGCCUUCACACCGGUCAGACUUGGUCACGGGCUAUCAUCGUUAUUAUUCCCAAAAGACUUAAACAGGUCCAAUGCCACCUUACAAGAGGACGGGGUCCAUUGGUACUCAAAGCUUCUAUAUCGAGUGGGAACAUGGCUCAUCGACAGUCACGCGUUUCAUCCAUUGGGGAUGUCGAUAAACUCAAGUUGA